AUGGCAUCUCUGCGCCCCGAAGAGCCGCUCUCCGCCGGCGCGCACCUCUGCGUCUUUCUGCUGAUCGCCUCGGCCUGGAUGGCACUGCCGGGACCAGUGCGCUGUGACAGCGGGGCUUUAACCCGUCGCGGCAGGGAGGACGGUACGUUUGACACGGGCGGCCGAGACGGAGGCUCCCCGCCGGGCUUACCAAAGGACGGCGACGAGGGAGCCGGCGGCGCGGAGAGCUCGCCCCGCUUCAGGAGAGCGCUGUCCCGGGAAAAACAAAUGUCCCUGCUCAGCAGCUCCUUCGUGCUCAAAGGGGAUGCGACCCACAACCAGGCGAUGGUCCACUGGACAGGAGAGAACAGCAGCGUCAUCCUGAUCCUGACCAAGUACUACCACGCGGACUCCACCAAGGUACUGGAGAGCUCACUGUGGAGAUCUUCUGACUAUGGCACCACAUACACCAAACUCAACCUGAUGCCAGGGACAACCAUCGUGGUGACCAGCUUUUAUAUCUGCCCAACCAACAAAAAAAAGGUAGUGCUGGUUGGGUCAUCCAUAAACGAAAGGGAUCAAAUGCUGUUCAUCAGCACAGACGAAGGUUCUUCCUUCCAGCGACAGUCCAUCUCCUUCACCCCGGACACGCUCAUAUUCCACCCUAAGGAAGAAGACAAGCUCCUGGCCUACUGCAAGGAGGGCAGGCUUUUUGCUUCUACAGACCUGGGCCGCAAGUGGACUUUGCUUCAGGAGCGGGUGACCAAGGACAAAGUUUUCUGGUCAGUAUCUGGUGUGGAUGUGGACCCUGAUCUGGUACACAUGGAAAUGCAGGAUACGAGUGGAGGUUACCUGUAUGUUACCUGUCUCAUCCAGAACUGUUCGGACAAAAUGGUGACGGCUCAGUUUCUUGGCAAAAUCGACCACAACUCGCUGCUAGUGCAGGACGACUACGUUUUUGUCAAGGUCACCACAGGGAAUCGCACCAAGCACUUUGUGUCGUAUCGGCGCAAUGAGUUUGUCCAGAUGAAGUUUCCCAAGUACGCCUUGCCAAAGGAUGUUCAGAUAGUGAGUACAGAUGAUAACCAGGUCUUCCUCGCGCUCCAGGAGUGGUACCAGUCCGACACAUAUAACCUGUACCAGUCCGACCCUCAGGGGGUCUACUACUCCAUCGUCCUGGAAAAUGUGCGCAGCACCAAGCAGCCAGAGGAGAAUGUCCUCAUCGACAUACUGGAGGUGCGUGGAAUCAGAGGAGUCUUCCUGGCCAAUCAGAAGAUCGAUGGCAAAGUGACAACUCUCAUCACCUAUAACAAAGGCCAAAACUGGGAACCCUUGGCCCCACCUACCACUGACAUGAAUGGCAAGCCCAUCAGCUGCAAAGCACCCCACUGUCACCUCCAUCUCCACCUCCGCUGGGCAGACAACCCCUACGUGUCCGGGACUGUCCACACCAAAGACUCUGCUCCAGGUCUCAUCAUGGGUGCUGGUAACCUUGGCUCCAAACUAGUAGAGUAUAAGGAAGAGAUGUACAUAACUUCAGACUGCGGGAAGACGUGGAGACAGGUUUUCGAGGAGGAGCAUCAUAUCCUGUACCUGGACCACGGUGGGGUCAUUGUUGCCAUCAAGGACACCUCUAUUCCACUCAAGAUACUCAAAUUUAGUAUUGAUGAAGGACGGACUUGGACGGUUCACAACUUUACCAGCACCUCUGUGUUUGUCGACGGACUCUUAAGUGAGCCAGGAGACGAGACCCUGGUUAUGACUGUGUUUGGCCACAUCAGCUACAGGUCAGACUGGGAGUUAGUCAAAGUGGACUUCAGGCAGUCUUUCCCCCGUCAGUGUACUGAGUCUGACUACGUGUCCUGGCAGCUCACAGACCUGCAGGUAGAGAAGUGCAUUAUGGGCCAGGAAAGGAGUUUCCGGAAAAGGAAGGACACAGCGUUCUGUAUCAAAGGAAAAAGCUACACAUCAGCUCUCACCACCAAACCCUGCCAAUGCACCGAGCAAGAUUUCAACUGUGACUAUGGUUUUGAACGUUCUCACACGGACGGCAAUCACUGCUUUGCUGACUUCUGGCACGAUCUAGAUUCACCACCCGAAGACUGCCAUCUAGGAAAAACCUACGAGUCCAGCACUGGCUACAGGAAGGUGAUAUCUAACAUGUGUGAAGGGGGGCUAAACAAGCAGCAGAGCGCCACACAACACAACUGCCCUCUUCUGCCUCCUAAAGGACUCCAGGUCAGCAUCAAAGGGCAGAUGUUGGCCGUGGCGCCUGGUGAUGACAUCACAUUCAUUGUCCACCAGGAACAGGGUGACACCAGCAGCACCAAGUACCAGGUGGACCUCGGCGAUGGGGUUCGGGCUAUCUACCAGAACCUAACGGUGACAGAUGAGCCUAUCCAGCAUCGCUACAAAAAUCCAGGCGUUUACAAGGUCACGGUGAAGGCUGAGAACACGGCAGGGCACGACGAGGCCACCAUGUACAUCCAGGUGACAGCCCCUCUACAAGAAGUGCACCUGGAAGUGGCUCCCAUUACUGGAAGAAACCAUGAGGUCAAUCUGACUGCCAUAGUUCUUCCCACUGAGGCAAACCUGUCUGUCUUCUACUGGUGGAUAGGAGACAACCUGCAGCCUACGCUGACUCUGGAGAACAGCCUUCUGACCAGUUUCCCAGAGACAGGAGAGGUUUCAGUCACUGUCCAGGCUUCUAAUGGCCGAUCUAUGGUGCAGGAUACCAGGACAGUUCGAGUCUACGAUAACUUCCAGGUCAUCCGUCUGAGCUUCAGCACAAACCUGGACCGCUUCAACCCAAACAUCCCAGAGUGGAGAGAGGACAUUGGCCAAAUGGUCACUAAAAUACUUAGUAAGACCACAGGUGUCCCCCUGGAGUCCCUUCUUACGGUGGUGAAGCCAGGCCUCCCCACUACUGCUGACCUGUACAUCCUCCCACUAUACAGCAAUCCAGCCAAGAGGAGCAUGUUUGUAGAUAAGCGUAUUCCAGCCAUCAUACAAGCAAUAAACAGCAACAAUGUCAGCUUUGUGGUGCGAGGAGGUCUACAAGUGCUGGUGAUGCUAGCUGACCCAAAUGCAGGCUUCUAUGGCGCUGCGAAAGGUCCGGGUGUUUGGGCUCUAGCAGUAAUUAUCCUAAUCAGCAUCUUCGCCACGGGCUCCUUCAUCCUCUACAAGUUCAAAAGUCCUUGGUUUAGGACUGAAGAGGCCUAUCCCCCACUGUUUUUCAGGAAGCUCCCAGGCAGCCGCAAUGUCUAUGCUCAGAUGCACAACGAGAAGGAGCAGGAGAUGACCAGCCCCGUCAAUCACAGUGAGGACACCCAGCACAUCAUCCAGGGGGAGGAGUUCAUCGACGAUGACCUGGACUCGCAGACUCUAGGCAACCAUUCGGGUGUGGUCCUGAGCAUCAACUCCAGAGAACUACACAGUUACCUGACGAGCUGAUAGCCGCCCACGGCAAUGCUAACGAGCUAGCCUAGCCUAGCUGGUUGACGAGCACAGGGACUCCACUCGGACUUCCUCCUCCUCCUCUCUCCUCUCCUUUUUUCUUCUCUCUCUUCCUCGGAUACUUCACCUCCACACCUUGGCCUCCUCAACCCUCAACCUCCAGCUCCGGCAAUUUUCUCGUUUUUCUUUGGAUUUUUUUUUGGGGGGUAGGAUGAAGCUCUUGAUGGCACCAUACCAAGGACGUCUGUGCUGUGAAAAAGAAAAUCAGUUUGUACUCAAAAUUAGCAAGACUGACUGAAAAUGACUGGAAACCAUUGCAGUCAGACUGUUGGAGAGGCCAUACAGUAGUACUAUGGCCUCUUGGUGACCAAAUGAUUCCCAAGCAUUAAGAUAAAGAAGUCUAAUUAAAGGCAAAACAUUGUUACUCCCCCCACCCCCCCUCUUUUUAUUUUCUCUUUGCUUCCCAAAAAAAUGGUAGACACUCUCUCUUCACAGGCAAUAAUGGAUGGUAGGAUAUGAUAGCCCUUGUGAAUUUGCAUAUGACAAGUGUACGCAUGCAUACACAAGAGGGCGUAGUUGCACUUUCCUAAAGUCACACUCACAGGUACUUGGGAGCCCUCAGCUUCUUUGGAAUAUACUGUAUGUCCACAAAGCAUUGUUCAUUUUUCCCCGAACCUUGUAACCUUUGUUUAUAGCUCACACAUUUACAGAAGUUGUCGUGUGUGGUGUUUAAAAUAAGCACCGCCUUUGUAGGAGCUCAUUAAUCCGUCCCAUGGUGCCUACAGCAGCAGACAAUAAUAUCUGCUUGGUGACGUUACACAUUGUUGGCUUUAUUUAUUUAUUAUAAACAGUAUGCCCCUUCCUCCCCACACUUUGUGGGUCAGAGGUCAAAGCAGACUUGUUCCCCCUGUGGACGAGCCCUGUCAUGGAGGGAAGGUGUAAUUCCAUUUAUUUUACUGUAUCGGCCUAUAUUAGGCAUAGCCCACGGUGAAAUCACGUCUCCUUAGAACGGUUUGGUUUGUUGUAUGUAAAUGUGUAAAUAGGAACAAUCUCCACUUUGUACAUAUUCCCUUUGACAUGUGUGUGUGAGUGUUUUACACUUGUACCAAAAUACACAGCAACUAGUUUUGGAGCCAGUCGUCACUUAAGUUUGAAAAAUUCUCACCGUUUCCAGUUUUGUCGUCGCCAUGACCUGCUUCACAUGUAUCCAUUUUCGAUACUUCCAGUGUAAUCUCAUGGGCAAGAUCAUUUUACGAUAUCCACCGUUAACUCGGAUCAUUAUCCCGUCUUAUAAAGAUACUCACAACUACACCGUGACAACUAUGUAUAAUCAAUAUUUUUGAUACACAGUUUUUCUCUGUACGUGUAAACACUGGUUAUUGUUUCUCUUGCCUUUGGCUGAAGUCUUUUAGUUUCUUUGUACUGAUGAUGUAAACAGUGCUGUCGGUACACACUAAACAGCAGAUGGACAGGUCUACAGACUCUGAAUCAAAAGGUCCAUGGAUAAAAAGGCCUUUGGGGACUUCCAAUGCUACCAUUACCACCCAGAUCACAUUUGCCUUGUAUUUGAUACAGCCAGCAGCUCACAUUUACUCAUCCUAAUUCACACCUUGACUCAUCUUUUGUAGAUAUUCUGCUCAUGUUUAACUUGUUCUCAGUUUUUUCUAGUGAUGUGUCGUCAUGUAUCAGUGCCCCUAACCUUAACAAAGGGGAAAAGUAGGACAUUUGAUAUUCCAAUAUAAUAAUGGAGUUUCACACCUGAUGGCACAACCAUGUAAUUUCGACCGCACCAAUUUUCUUUUAUUAUUUUCCUCUUUUUGCAGGGU